AGGGCUGGAAGCCAGGGAUGAGUGUGCUUAGGGCAGAUGUGAGGCCCCCCAGCCGCCUGCUCACCUGUCGCUGCAGCGAGCCCCCAGGCUGGGCCUGCGCCUUUCCCGGCCCAGCAUGCGCCUGUCUGUGCGGAGGCUGCUGCUUGCGGCUGGCUGCGCCCUGGCCCUGGUGCUGGCGGCCCAGCUGGGCCAGCAGGUGCUGGAGUGCUGGGCGGUGCUGGUGGGCAUGCAGCCGGAGCAGGAGGAGCUGGUGCUGACGGGCACCAACCACGUGGAGUACCGCUAUGGCAAGGCCAUGCCCCUCAUCUUCGUGGGCGGAGUGCCCCGCAGCGGGACCACGCUGAUGCGCGCCAUGCUGGACGCGCACCCAGAGGUGCGCUGCGGCGAGGAGACGCGCAUCAUCCCGCGCGUGCUGGCCAUGCGCCAGGCCUGGGCCAAGUCGAGCCGGGAGAAGCUGCGGCUGGACGAGGCCGGCGUGACGGACGAGGUGCUGGACGCAGCCAUGCAGGCCUUCAUCCUCGAGGUGAUCGCCAAGCACGGGGAGCCUGCGCGCGUGCUGUGUAACAAGGACCCCUUCACGCUCAAGUCGUCCGUCUACCUGUCGCGCCUCUUCCCCAACUCCAAGUUCCUGCUGAUGGUGCGGGACGGCCGCGCCUCGGUGCACUCCAUGAUCACGCGCAAGGUCACCAUCGCGGGCUUCGACCUCAGCAGCUACCGGGACUGCCUCACCAAGUGGAACCGGGCUAUCGAGGUGAUGUACGCCCAGUGCCUGGAGGUGGGCAAAGACAAGUGCCUGCCCGUGUACUACGAGCAGCUGGUGCUGCACCCCCAGCGCUCCCUCAAACUCAUCCUCAACUUCUUGGGCAUCACCUGGAGCGACGCAGUCCUGCACCACGAGGACCUGAUCGGCAAGCCAGGUGGCAUCUCCCUAUCCAAGAUCGAGCGGUCCACAGACCAGGUCAUCAAGCCCGUGAACCUGGAAGCACUCUCCAAGUGGACCGGCCACAUCCCUGGGGACGUGGUGAGGGACAUGGCCCAGAUCGCCCCCAUGCUGGCUCGGCUCGGCUACGACCCCUAUGCAAACCCACCCAACUACGGGAACCCUGACCCCAUCGUCAUCAAUAACACAUACCGGGUCUUGAAAGGGGACUACAAAACACCAGCCAAUCUGAAAGGAUAUUUUCAGAUGAACCAGAACAGCACCUCGUCCCACCUGGGAAGCUCAUGAUUUCCAGAUCUUUGCAAAACGGCUUUCCAACCGCCGAAAGAAGAGAAGAAACUGCAUUCGAGUGGAAAUCGAACCUCUAAUCCAAGCAUAUUGCUUGCUAUUAAUCGCCAAAA